AUGAUUUACAGCAAUCUGAACAACAUAAAAGAUUCCAGUGCCAUCAGAAUCAUUGAGAAGUGUAUUCAAGAACUAGCCCAGAAGUAUCCUGAUGAAGUCAUGCUGAUGUUUCUCUCCAUCCAGGAUAAUGUUCAGGAUCGAGAGCUGUGGAAGAUCCUGGCAGCCUCCUCCAAAGGCUAUGAUAACAUUCUGAAUCAUCUGCUAAAGAGGUUGAAGUCUUUAAAUUUUCAGGAUCCCAAGGAGUCUGAACACUCUGUGGUGAUCAGUUCUGUGGUGGCCAGCAGGGCUCUCAAUGAGCUGCUUUUGGAAUCCAGUUCUAUGGUAGAGGUGGAGACCUUCUACCCUUGGCUGUACAUGGCCCUCCUGUCUCUGAUCUCCUUCCUUGUGUUUGAAGAGGGCAGCAAGAAUCUCCCCAAGCAGCCAGGGAUGCCUGAAUGGCUGAACCCUGUGAGCUGUACCAUUGAGGCCCUGAAGACCUUGAUCAGCUCAGCUGGGUAUGGCUACCAGGUGUCUUUCAUGCAAUAUCACAAGACCUGGAAACUCCUGGCUGAUCCAGAGGGAUAUUUGGAUGGAAUCGCCUUGGUAGCCAAGUCUAUGAUCAUUAGAAGCUGCUGGCACAUUCGCCCCAUUGUCAGUCUCAUCUUUAACAUCCUCAACGGGAUUGAAGUUGGGAGUUCUGUUACUGCCUUAGCUAUCUUCACCGAGCUGCUCCGCAACACAGAGGUGGCAGCCAUGACAGAUGAAACCAUCAUCGAACUCCUUAUAAAUUUUGUCCAAAAAAAUGAACCGGUGACCCAGCAACUGGUGCUAAAGGCAGCAGGGAACUUUGGGACGCAUAAGGAGACGAACAAGUUCUUCCGAAUGCUGCAGCCCUACAUCCUGAGCUGCUGCUACUCCACAAACUCCAAAGUCGUGACAGAAGCAUUCUUGGCUCUGAGAUGCAUUAUCUACAACCUCACCUGGACCGACUCCGUCGUACUGCUCAUUGAGAUCUCCUGUGCACUGCGGCCCUUCUUUGAUGAUGAGUCGGACGACCUUCGCUAUAAUUCAAUUGACAUGUUUGCUGCCCUCUUGGCCAAGGUGAAACGAAGGUUCUUGAUGGCUCCCUUUAGGUACCAGGUCCACUGCAGCCUGGUUCCCCUGAUGUUCCACCUGCAGGAUGAGAACAUCAAUGUGACCCAUGCUAGCAGGGAUGGCCUCUGCCACUCUGCCAAAAUUCUGGUCUGCCCACGCCUCAAGUCGGUGUGCAGCAACAGAGACAUGUUCACCAUUGGGAGGACCCUGCUGGAGGAGCAAAAGGACAAAAUCCCCUGGUUUUUGAGUCAGAGUCUCAGCUACUUUAAUAAUCCCCAGUCGGGCAUACGACAAGCAGCUGUGUGGUUGACAAGCCAGAUUAUCCAGAUCAAGGAUCUAGAAGGUGAGGAGGAAUAUCAAACAGUCUCUUCAGCCCUUAAGCACAUGAAGAAUGACCCAGACCCCGCCGUCUCCUGCUUGGCGACACAGACCAUCUGCAUUCUGGGGGUCAAGAGGAUUCAACAAAGACACUGCUGGCACGUGGUUAAUUUCAUCUGCUGUAGGGACAUAGGCAAAAAGUCAAGUCAGACUCUAUGCUGAUUCCUGAAAACCGUUCCACCUCUACUUACAAUCCAACAGUCCAAAAGACCAAGCAUUAAUUAAGUGCCUACUUAAGAGCAGACAUUCUUUUUUUUUUCUCCUUUUUUUUUAUUAAAGCUUUUUAUUUUCAAAACAUAUGCAUGGAUAAUUUUUCAACAUUGACCCUUGCAAAACCCUGUGUUCCAAAUUUUCCCCUCCUUCCCCUACCCUCUUCCCCUCUCCUAAAUGGCAAGUAAUCCAAUAUAUGUUAAACAUGUUAAAAUAUAUACUAAAUACAAUAUAUGCAUACCUAUUUAUACAAUUAUCUUGCUGCACAAGAAAAAUCAGAUCAAAAAGAAAAAAAUGAGAAAGAAAACAAAAUGCAAGCAAACAACAACAAAAAGAGUGAAAAUACUGUGUUGUAAUCCACACUCAGUUCCCACAGUCCUCCCUCUGGAUGUAGGAGGCUCUCUUUAUCACAAGAUCAUUGGAACUGAUCUGAAUCAUUUCAUUAUUGGAAAAAGUCCAUCAGAAUUGAUCAUCAUAUAAUCUUGUUGCCAUGUAUGAUGAUCUCCUGGUUCUGCUCACCUCACUUAGCAUUUGUUCAUGUAAGUCUCUCUAGGCCUCUCUGAAAUCAUCCUGCUGAUCGUUUCUUACAGAACAAUAAUAUUCUAUAACAUUCAUAUAUCACAAUUUAUUCAGCCAUUCUCCAAUUGAUGGGCAUCCACUCAGCUUCCAGUUUCUGGCCACUACAAAGAGGGCUGCCACAAACAUUCUUGCACAUACAGUUUCCUUUCCCUUCUUUAAUAUCUCUUUGGGAUACAGGUCCAAUAGAAACACUGCUGGGUCAAAGGGUAUGCACAAUUUGAUAGCUCUUUGGACAUAGUUCCAAAUCGCUCUUCAGAAUGGCUGGAUCCAUUCACAAUUCUACCAACAAUGUAUUAGUGUCCCACUUUUCCCACAUCUCCUCCAACAUUUGUCAGUAUCUUUUCCUGUCAUUUUAGCUAAUCUGAGAGGUGUGUAGUCAUAUCUCAGAGUUGUCUUAAUUUGCAUUUCUCUGCUCAAUAGUGAUUUAAAACAACUUUUCAUAUGACUGGAAAUGUU